AUGUUACUCAUUUCAGAUUCUCUUGUCCCGGCCUCCCCGACAGAUGAAUACUACGACCUGGGAGCAUACAGCCGCUCAAUCAGCGCCGCGAAUGAGGCAGCGAAAGUCUGGUUCAAUCGUGGCCUCAUCUGGAGUUAUUCAUUCAAUCACGCCGAAGCUUACCGAUGUUUCGAGCAAGCGAUCGUACAUGAUCCAAUCUGUGCCAUGGCCUACUGGGGGUUAGCCUACGCCGCAGGACCAAACUACAAUAAGGCAUGGCGGAUGUUUGAUCCGGUCGAUCUCGAGCGCAGCAUGAAGAUCUGCCACGAUGCUGCGCGCUACGCUCUAAGCCUCUGCCACACCAGCCCGACGACGCCUGUCGAGCGUGCCCUGAUCGAGGCAAUGCAGGCGCGGUUCCCUGUCGAUCAUCCUGUUGAAGAUUUCUCACUCUUGGACCAAGCGUACGCUCAGGCCAUGAAAAGGGUCUACGACCAGUUCGGUUCCGACGAUCUAGAUGUGGUGACACUAUAUGUGGACGCCCGGAUGCACACAAGCCAGCGCAAGAUGUUCCACCUCAAGACCGGCCUUCCUAUCGAAUCAUCACCAGUCGAAGAAGUGAAACAGCUGUUCAAAAUUGGACUACAACACCCAGGCGGAGAGGAACACCCAGGCCUGAUCCAUUUUUCCGUUCACUUUUGGGAGAUGUCCGCCACACCCGCCGUUGCACUCCCGGCUGCCGAUCUUCUUAGGCAUCUUGUUCCAGAUGCAGGUCACAUCCAUCAUAUGCCGACCCAUCUGGAUGUCCUGGUUGGUGAUUAUCGCCGCUCUGUAGAUUCCAACACGGCUGCUGUGCUCGCCGAUGAAAAGUAUCUCGCCCGCGAAGGCGCCAAAAAUAUGUACAGUUUCUACCGCUUGCACAAUUACCAUUCGCUGGUCUAUGCUGCCAUGUUAUCCGGCCAGUCGAAGGUCGCCUUGCGCGCUAUCGAUCGCAUGGAACUCUCGAUUACAGAUGACGUCCUUCAAGUCCAAUCACCUCCACUUGCCGACUGGCUGGAAUUCUUCAAGUCAGUCCGUAUCCACGUCUAUAUCCGGUUCGGGCUCUGGGAGGAACUGAAAGCUCUUCCCAUUCCCCAUGAUCAAGACCUCUAUUGCGUCACCACAGCAAUGACACACUACGGAAAAGGCAUCGCCUGGGCCGCGACCGAGAACAUAACAAAAGCUGAGAAAGAGCGAGAAUUGUAUCAGGCAGCCGCGAAACGAGUGCCACCCACGCGCAAAGAUUAUCCAAAUCUCGUUAUCGACAUCCUCAAGGUCUCGACCGCCAUGUUGGAUGGUGAAAUCGAAUACCGGAAAAAGAACUUCACAAGUGCAUUCGAACGGCUGCGCGAGGCAAUUCACCACGAUGAUUCGCUCAUGUAUACAGAACCCUGGGGGUGGAUGUUACCCACCCGCCAUGCAUAUGCAGCGCUGUCACUUGAGCAAGGACUUGUGGAACAGGCUCUGACGGCUUAUGCAGAGGACUUGGGUCUGGAUGGUUCACUCACGCGGGCACAUCAGCAUCCAAACAAUGUGUGGGCGCUGCAUGGAUACCAUGAGUGCUUGAUGCGCUUGGGACGCGAGCCGGAGGCAAGGAUUAUCAAACAGCAGUUGGAUAUAGCAAUGGCAGUGGCAGAUAUUGAUAUUAAGUCCUCUUGCUUUUGUCGAUUGAGGGUAGUACAGGAUCAGAAUGGAGACAUGUCAGCGUGUUGUAGUUGAAAUAAAAUAGUAUAACAAAUGUUAGAAAUUUGAUACGGAG